AUGGCUAGUGUAGAAGCCCAUCCGUUCAGAAAGGUCAUCAUCGUUGGUGCAGGGUUCUCGGGCUUGACCAUGGCGUGCCAAAUGAAACAUAGGCUUAAAUGUGAUGACUUCGUGGUGUACGACCGAGAAUCCGGGUUCGGAGGCACAUGGAGGGUCAACACGUAUCCAGGGUGCGGAGUUGAUAUCCCUGCUGUUUUCUACAGCCUUUCCUUUGCACCCAAUCCAGAUUUCUCGAAUUUUUUUCCCAAACAGAAGGAGGUCCUCCAGUACAUCAAUAGAGUGGCAUUUCGACUCAAUGUGUCUCAGCAUCUGGUGGGAAACACAGAAUGGCUCGGAGCCUCCUGGCAAGACGACACCAAAACCUGGCGUGUCAGGCUAUGUGAUCUUUCCACUGGUCAGAACUUUGUUCAGACCUGUAGCAUACUUAUAUCAGCGGUUGGAGUGUUGGAGAACCCCCAGCCCUUCAAUGUUCAAGGCAUCGAAAACUUUACAGGGGAUAUCAUGCAUACCGCUAGAUGGAACCACAGCGUAUCACUCCGAGACAAGAACGUGGUUGUGAUUGGGAAUGGAGCAUCGGCCACUCAAGUGAUACCGACGAUAGCACCAGAGGCUCGGUCCAUCACCCAGUUUAUCCGACGACGGGUCUUCGACCAUGACGGCUACAUUUUAUCUCUAAACCGGGACAAUGUCCAUCUCACGAAUGAUCCAGUUACGAACCUUCACAAACGCUCAAUUUCAACCCUAUCCGGGACGCAAUAUCCCGCUGAUGUGAUAAUCUUAGCCAACGGCUUCUCUCUAACCCAUUUCAACGCCGAGCUCCAAGGCCGCCACGGACGCCGCCGAAACGACCACUGGAAGGACAUGGGUUAUAUCGAAGCAUUCAAUACCGUCGCCAUGUCUGGAUUUCCUAACUUUUUCUAUAUCCUUGGCCCCAAUUCCGGACGCGGACACACCUCUGCUGUUCAUUCCAUUGAAAGCUAUGUAAACCUUAUCACACGGGUAAUUCGGCCGAUAAUUGCGGGGUCAGCUCUCUCUGUUGAGCCGAAACUGGCCAGUGAGAAAGCCUACAAUGAGCGAUUACACGAUGCACUCGGGAAGACGGUGUUUACUAAUUCGUGUCACACGUGGUAUAUUGAUAGCAAAACUGGGCGCAAUUGGGCCAUUUUUCCCUGGACGUCAUUCUACAUGUGGUGGAUCACCGAGCUAGCUGGUCUAGGGGACUGGGAAUAUGAGGUAUUAACUGCUCUUUGCUAA